AUGGCAAACAUAGAUUCCCACGUUGCCUCGGUUCUCGACAAUGAGGCGAACACGCAUUCAGACGAUGAGGAUGCCCUCAUUGCAUCACUUGAGGAUACCCCAGCCCUUGACGGCUUCAGAGAGCAGAGGAUACAACAAUUACACGCAGAAUUCCUACGUGCAAAGUCACAGAAGAGCCAAGGGUUUGGCAAUUAUACAGAAAUAAAGGAAGAGAAAGCCUUGAUGGAUAUUACAACCGAGGUCAAAUAUGCUGUUGUUCACUUUGCGAAAGAAGAUUUUGCCAGAUGUGGGGUCAUGGACAGCCAUUUGGAGAGUCUCGCUCCUAAGCACUUCGACACCAGAUUCUUGAAAAUGAAUGUCGAUAAUGCGCCCUUUCUAGUCGUCAAGCUUAAAGUCCAGGUGCUUCCUUGUGUACUGGCCUUUGUUGACGGGGUUAGCGUGGACCGCAUCGUUGGCUUCGAAGGUCUCUCAUACACCCAAGAUACCUUUACUACAAAAGACUUGGAAGGAAGACUGUUAAACUCGGGAGUAAUACAGAGAGCGAAGGCAACUACAAACGCUGGUAUCAAAUUCGGAGUCAAGGCGCCUAAGAAAGAGGACAGUGAUGAUGAUGAAUGGGAUUGA